AAUCUAAGAGUAGGCUUCGGCUGCCAAGCGAAACAACUCACACUUAUUUCAACAAAAAUAGCAACUGAAACGUAUCUUGAUUCAAGGAGCAUGAUUAAUUGGUACUCACUUGUGUUCAUCUUACCGGGAAUUCUAGUCUACGCCUGGCCUGGAAACUCUCAGAGUAGCGUAAACAAUGAUUUAUUUAUCCCGAGCUUGCAUAAUCAUUCGGCUUUGACUAUGAAAUUGUGGGAGGAAAACAACUGUCAGCCAACGUUCUGCUGUUGGCGCUGGCUGCUGGAGUUGCAGAGCACACAGUGUCCUUUCAUGCGGCUACUGGUGCAUUGCCUCAUUGCGUUGCCCGUUUACAAUUUGUUGCUGUUCUUGAUUGGCUUCUUACUUAGCUGGCAGCUGCAUAGAAGCUGCUCCUACACAGCUGAGCGUUUGUUAUGGUUGCCGAGACCAAUAGCGGAAGAAAGAUUGUUGGCACCACAACCUUCGACUGUUGUGGUGAAACCUUUGCUCAUGUCACCCACCCCGCCACCGCGUUGCAAGCGUCGCCAAGCGCCCAAGCCGCCAACAGGUCGUAUACGCGCUACGCUUAGCUCGCCUGACAAAUAUCCCAGUCACAAGGAUCCCUUUGCCACUGUGCCCAUCUACGAUCCUCAGCAGGAAGAACGCUACAAGACAUUGCGCUUGAAUUUGCUGCGUGUGCUUGAAGGUUUGCAGCAGCCGCUGCCGCCAAUGUUGUCGCUGCCGUUGCCCAUGCCCGUUGUGCUGACGUCACCAAAGCCAACUCCUGAGCUGCAUAAAGUUGAAGACUCAAUGCUGGAAGAGUCAACAUUAAGCGAGUCAAUGGCACCUUUAGAUCUAUCAAAGAGCAAGCGAAAACCUUCGAAAUGGUUGCAUACUGUAGUUAAAAGGCUUGGAAAAACCUUCUCGAAAAGCAAGAGUCACAAGCAUUUAGAAGUCAGCACAGCUGCCACAUUGAGCCGCCGAAGCAGCAGCAAUAGCAACAUCACCAGCAGCAGUAGAAGCGACAGAAGCAUCAACACUUUGCAGCCCUUUUGGCAACGCAUAGCUCGAAGUUCCACUCGAAGAGGAACUGGCAAGUCAAAGUUUUAUGUGAACUCGCCCAGCAGCUCGGAGACAAACAGCAGCGCCAGUUGCAUCUACGCUUAUUAGUAGAGGAGACAACGAACGCAUAAGGCAGGAAGCAGCUUGAAGCAUUGUUCAAGGGAAGAUCGUUAGAUCGAUGCUCCCAUGCAAAAUGCUGCAUCAUGCCCAAUGCGUUCGCUGUCCCUUCUACACACAACAUAACAUACUUAAUUUAUAUAUAAA